GGUACAGGCGCGUGCACCUAGAUCUAGGUGCACCUGAACCAAAACGCAGAAAAAUAAGAACAAAACGCAAAAACAUAAAAAAGCAAUAAAAAACAUAAAAGAACACAAAAACAUAAAAGAAAGAACAUCAAGAAUUAAACCAAAAGAACAAUAAGUAAAACAGGAAAGAACAAUAGCAUUGAAAACGCAGAAAAAUAAGAACAAAACGCAAAAACAUAAAAAAGCAAUAAAAAACAUAAAAGAACACAAAAACAUAAAAGAAAGAACAUCAAGAAUUAAACCAAAAGAACAAUAAGUAAAACAGGAAAGAACAAUAGCAUUGAAAACGCAGAAAAAUAAGAACAAAACGCAAAAACAUAAAAAAGCAAUAAAAAACAUAAAAGAACACAAAAACAUAAAAGAAAGAACAUCAAGAAUUAAACCAAAAGAACAAUAAGUAAAACAGGAAAGAACAAUAGCAUUGAAAACGCAGAAAAAUAAGAACAAAACGCAAAAACAUAAAAAAGCAACAAAAAACAUAAAAGAACACAAAAAUAUAAAAGAAAGAACAUCAAGAAUUAAACCAAAAGAACAAUAAGUAAAACAGGAAAGAACAAUAGCAUUGAAAACCAAAAAAGGUUAAAACAACAAAUAAAUAAAAACACGUAAAAGAACAAUAAGUAAAAACACGUAAAAGAACAUAAAACACUAAAAAGAAAGAACAUCAGCAAUUAAACGAAAGAACAAAUAGAAAAGAACAAUCAUAUUAAAAACCAAAAAGAUUAAAACACGUAAAAGAACAUAAUACACUAAAAUGAGAGAAGAUCAGAAAGUAAAGGAAAAGAACAAAAAGAAAAAAAGAAAAACACAAACAUAUUAAAAACCAGAAAGGUUAAAACAAGGAAAGAACGAUUUCUCUGCACUUUUAAAAAGAACAUGGCAAAUGCAACACCAGACGCACAAAAGAACAAAAGAACCAACGAAAAGAACAACAAAAACGUUAAAAAGUGAAAAAACCGCCAAACAGAAGUUUUUUAUUGAAAUAAUGAACGUGGCAAGAAAAAAACCGCAAAACAGAAGUUUUCCUAUGAAAACAUAAAACGUGGCAGUUAAUUUCUCUCUCCUCAAAAUCUUUUAAUAAAAAAAAAAUUAAAUAAGUUACUUGUCUUUCAUUUUGUAUUUUAAAAAAUUAAAAAAUAGAUUACUGUUUAAAAUAAAAAAAAUUAAAAAAUAUAAUUUAAGUAAAAACAUUAAUAAAAAACAAAUUUAAAAAUACUAACAACAGAUAAUAAAAAGAACACAAAGGAGACUCAAACGAACAUCAUUUUCUUUACUUAUAGGCCAAAAGAACAAAAGAGCGGACGAAAAGAACAACAAAAAAAAAAGGAAGUUUAAAUUUGAAAAUACUGUAGCAGUUAUUUUCUCUCUCUUCAAUUUAUCAUAUAUAAAGACAUCAUUGAAUGCGACAUUUAUUUUCACUUUCACACUCAACCUACAUGCAAAACCUUCACUCACCAACAAUCAAAAAAACAGUGCAAAACCUUUCAAAUUAUUGCAAAUCCGAACUUCUCCAAUUUGGAAUUCUACUAUUUUCACUCUAAAAACUUCCCCAAUUUGUUUUUUGGAAGUGAUAAUCUGGUUACAAAAACUUGAACCCUAACAAUUGAAAAUGGGGAAAUCGAAAAAAGGAGAAGAAGUUGAUGCGAAAUGUUCUAUUGAGGAUGAUGUUCCUUUGACAACGACUUUAUUGAACUUAAGAAACAAAAAGAAGAAAGAGAAAGAAAUUACACCAACAAUUGAUGCGGAUUUGUUGGAAGAUAUCAACAAAGAAGUUUCAGAAACGGAAGAAGAAGAAGAAGAGAGCGAACUUUCCAAACAAAGGAAAGCAUUGCAAGAACAACAGAAGAUGGUGCAAGCACUUCAGGAAAAGCUGCUACAACAGGAAAAGCAGCUGGAUCUGAUUGAACAAAAAAAGAAGGGUGGAGAAGGACAAAAAAAUUCCAGCAAAGAUCCUGAAAAGCAGGAAGAAACUGAAAAGAAAGAGCAUGAAGUAAAAGUGCAUGAAGAAGUGAAAGAACCUGAAAAAGAGGAGGCUGAGGUAAAAGUUCCAGAAGAGCUGGAUGAACCAGAAAGAAAAGAAAAGAAAACGAACUUAAAAAUUACUUUGAGAAAGAAAAAAGACGGAGAAGAAGCUGGUGAGGAACCUGAAAAAGCAAAGGGGAAGUCUAGGAAAUCAAUACCAAACAGGAAAAGGACAAGAAGUCAAUUGCUGAAAGAAGAAUUUCCCGAUCUUAUCAAAGAGGUAAAGCAGGAAUUGGAAGAGGCACAUAAGAAGAAGAGCUUGUUGCCUGCUGAGAAAAUUUCAACAAAAAAAGUUGCACCAAAUGCUAAGAAGGGGAAUGGAGUUACUUUGAAAAAGACUGCAGCACUUAAGAGGGGUAGCAAAGUUAAUCAGAUAGUUGUGAGGGAGGUUUAUGAAGACGAGGAAGAUGAAGAAGGAGGUGAAGAAGAAGGUGAAGAAGUAGAAGAGGAAAGUGAACCCUUAAUGAAGAAGGGGAAAAAAGUAGUUGAGAAGAGAGCAACAAGAAGUAAACAAAUUGUUGUUUCUGAUGAGGUCAUGGAGGAGGUGGAUGAUGAGAAACCAAAAUCUUUGGUUGUUGCCAAACCAAAACCUGAAGAAAGGAAACUAAAUCUAAGGCAAACUCCGCAAUUGAUGAUGCGAUUCUUGAGGGGAAUUGCAUCUAAUGAACCACAUGAUAUAAGAAAACAACAAGCCAUCGUGGAGUUAGGCUUUGGAUCUCUUCUGCAACUUGACAUCCCACAAAACGAAAAUCCAUUCCCGUACGAGUUGGUUAGGAAUUUCAACUCGUCCGACCGGUCCUUGCAUCUACCAAAGUCUUCCCUUGAUAUUACUGUAGAGGAUGUAUACCUGGUGUACGGUAUACCUAUUGGAGGAGCUCCGGUCGUGGAAUGGACGGAUGAACAAGAUCCUGAAGUGUUGAGGGUUUUUGCUGAAUUUUGGGCAUACUGGCAAGUGAAGUCUGGAUGCCCAAAAUUGAAAGAAAUGGUUGAAAAACUGAUCAAAGAUGAGACUCCAGUUGAUGAUAACUGGAAGAGAUCUUUCCUAGUGGUUGCAGUUAACACCUGCAUUAAAUCCACUACUAAUUUAUCGCCAAACUUCAGAUUCCUAGCAAGCACUGUUGACUUGGAGCAAGUGAGGAAUCUAAAUUGGUGCCAGUAUGCAUACACCAGCCUUCUUGGGGCAGCUAUGUACUGGAAUGUGGACCGUAGCAGAUGGUUUGCUGGUCCACUACCAUUUCUAAUGGUAUGUUAUUUCGAUCGGGUGCAGAUCAUGGAAGAGUACCCUCCAAGGAACUUCCCCCUAAUUUCUUGCUGGACAAGAGAUAUGAUAAGCAGCAGGGUACGCAAUGACAAUGCUACAGGCUUCGGACAUGGCUUGAUUCUGGACAGAAUUCAAGGUCCACCUGAGCUACAACUGUACAGGGAGGAUAUGGAGCUGCUCAAACAGCAAAAAGCACUCAGUGAACAACCACCACCACUUCUUCUUCAACACCCACAACAACAACAGCAGCAACAUGAUGAACAACCAUCGCAGCAACCACUGCAGCAACCACAACAGCAACAUCAACACCAAGAGCCUAACUGGUCCACAAAUGAUGUGUCCAGAGAACAUCAAGGUGCACCAGUGACUCAACUCGGGGAUGACAAAGAUUUGCCAGAGCAACAGGCAGACCCCAGUGAGAAAGCAAAAGUCCCUUCUACAAUUGAGGAAUUCCAUGCUGAAUUCACUAAAACCACUACUGAACUCAGUAGUGUCAUGAACAAGUUCAACGACUUAUUGUCGUUGUCCAGAAAGUUCUUUGACACUACUAUUGAUGUCAAAAAAAGUCUGCCAUUCAAUAUGGCAAAAAUGUGGUCAACAUGCUCUGGAACUGAAAUUCCAGUUACUUUUGAGAAGGGCAACUCUACAGAAGAGCGGCAAGAAGGAAGGAAUACUGAGGAGAUUGGUUCAAUCCUCAGUCAAGAUAAAGAAUUUUUCAGUUCAGACUACUUCACAAUACUAUUUGAGGAAGCAGUACGAAAGGCAACAGAAGGAAAUGAAAGAAAGGAAAUCAAGGAAUCUGAGGAUGUUACAUUUGAUUUGCCACCAUUUUUAACACCUCCGAUCAUGCCUUCCCAGCCUAAUGUAUUUGCUGAUUUGACAUUGAAGCUUGGAAUGGUUUCCGAUUCAAAUCCUCCUCCUCAGGCACACGACUUUGAAGAGGAAAUGAGAUUAGAAGCAAUCUUGGCAAACAAAACUUUGACUGAACGUGAUUUGGAGACAAUUUCAGGGGACAACAAAAAUGAAGCUGAAAAACAACAGCCACCUACAGAAAAAACUGAGUAUGCGUUCUUUUAAAACAGUUCACAUACACAUGUAUAAUAAAUAUGUGACUGUUUCUUUCAUUAUUCACAAUGUUCUUUUAUAAACAAUUAUUUGUUUUUUUAUUCGUUUGAUUUGUUCUUUUUAUUAAUUCUCUGUCUUUAUA